UCUGAAUGUUUAAGUCCAAACGUGGGAAACUGUAAAAGUAACAGCCACGAAGGCACAAAACAACGUUUGUUUGUCUUCAAAGUUGAAACCAGUAGUCUCUCUCUCUCUCUCAAUUGAGUUGAAGCUCAAAUCCCACAAUUCAAUCAAGCAUUGUAGCAAGUCUGCUUUCUGAGCUUGAAGAUCUGUGAUUUCGUCAUGGAGAUUUCGGAGAAGGUGGUUGCUGUCAUUAUGGUGGGUGGACCCACUAAAGGGACCAGAUUUCGUCCUCUUUCCUUCAACACUCCCAAACCCCUUUUCCCUUUGGCUGGCCAACCAAUGGUUCAUCAUCCUAUUUAUGCUUGUAAAAGGAUACCCAAUUUGGCUCAAAUAUAUCUCAUUGGAUUCCAUGAGGAGCGGGAAUUCGCUUUAUAUGUCUCUUCAAUUUCGAAUGAGCUGAAAUUGCCAGUAAGAUAUUUGAAGGAGGAUAAACCACAUGGUUCAGCCGGUGGCCUUUACUACUUUAAAGAUAUUAUCAUGGAAGACAGUCCGUCACAUAUCUUUCUGCUAAACUGUGAUGUUUGCUGCAGUUUUCCUCUACCAUCCAUGCUUGAUGCCCAUAUAAAAUAUGGUGGGAUGGGGACAAUGUUGGUAAUCAAGGUUUCAGCCGAAUCCGCUAACCAAUUUGGUGAGUUGGUUGCUGAUCCAACCACUCAUGAAUUGCUGCAUUAUACUGAGAAACCUGAGACGUUUGUUAGCGAUUUGAUAAAUUGUGGUGUCUACAUUUUCACUCCCGAUAUUUUUACUGCCAUCGAAGAUGUAUCUAGGAUCCGAGAAGGGAGAGGUAAUCUACGACGUCUUUCCAGCUUUGAAGCUCUCCAAUCUGCCACAAGGACUCUUCCUGCUGAUUUUGUGAGACUGGAUCAAGAUAUACUAUCACCUCUUGCUGGAAAGAAGCAACUGUAUACGUAUGAGACAAAGGAUUUUUGGGAGCAAAUCAAAACUCCAGGAAUGUCUUUGAAAUGCUCGGAGUUGUAUCUUGCACAAUUCAGGCAUACUUCACCCCAUCUUUUGGCCAGUGGAGAUGGUAAAACGAAUGCUAAAAUUGUCGGUGAUGUAUAUAUUCAUCCAUCAGCAAAAGUUCAUCCAUCUGCAAAGAUUGGUCCCAACGUUUCUAUCUCAGCAAAUGUUCGUGUAGGUUCUGGCGUCCGGUUAAUCAGUUGUAUGAUCUUGGAUGAUGUUGAAAUUAAGGAAAAUGCUGUGGUUUUAAAUUCAAUUGUUGGAUGGAAGUCAUCACUCGGAAGAUGGUCGCGUGUGCAGGCUGAUGGUGACUACAAUGCAAAGCUUGGCAUAACCAUCUUAGGAGAAGCUGUGACAGUUGAAGAUGAGAUUGUGGUGACCAACAGCAUUGUUCUUCCUCAUAAGACUCUUAAUGUCAGUGUGCAAGAUGAAAUCAUCUUAUAAUGCUAAGGAGUGUUGUACUAGUUACGCAUCAAAAGAAGAGGUUUCAAGCAUAUUGAUAAUGAGUUUUCCCUUUCUUUGUCGAAUUUGUUUCAUAUAGGGGUGACAAAUUAGUUUCAUGUUCAGGAAAAUUGGAAUAUUGACAUUCCAAUAUUUUUUUUGUUAUCCUGCUAAUUUUGUUUAAUGUCUGCGAAUGGACCAAUAAAACCAAUUAUGUGUGUAUAUCAAACUUUUGACUGGUACAUACCACACAGUAAGAGCAGGCAACAACAUAAUAUCUAGAAUAUAAUCCCUAUGUUGUUA